UCGAUUCCACGGUAACUAUCGAUAAGUACACUUGUUGGCGUACAUUGUGAUUGGCACCGCUGAAACGUGCAGAUUUGUAAUAAACACAAUACAAAAUGGAAUUAAUGCAUGGCGCUUCCCUGCUUUCGAGGCCUGCUGAGGAGUUCGGCAAUGAUUCACUUGUGGAAGAAAUGUGGGCGGCCAAAGCACUCGAACAUGCCGAAGUGCAUUUUAAUCUGCUGACCAGCGUGCCGCCCUCACAGCUGCGUUUGACACCCUACGAUGAUCAAAUCUACGCCACAUUUCGCCAAGACUUUCCAGAUUUGCAGGUGGCUCGACUCAGCGACGAAACUCUCAAGUCGGCAACAGAGAAAUUGAAAUGGCGUCAAUUCGCUGAGAAAUUCAAUAAAAUGGAAGACUACUCCUACGGCACUCUGAUGCGUGCCGAUGCCAGCAAGGAAUUCUCUCCAGACAAUUCGAUAUUCGUGUUUCGUGUUCAGUUCCUAGCCAUUGAGAUUGCGCGCAAUCGCGAGGGCCACAACGAUGCGGUGCACAAGAGCCACCGCCCCACGAAGAAGACGCAAAGCACCGAGGAGACGACGCAAUGAGAAAUACCAUCAGCCUUCGCUGAUUUAGUUUAGUUUUAAAGUUAUUAAAGUGCAG